CCCAGAUCUGACCAGAGAACACGUGAGAACAGAUUGAGACAAACAACCAGAACUGACCUCGAAAAUUGCAGCAGCAAACUGAACAGCAAGGUUUUUCGGACUGCCCACAGAUGACUAUCUCGGUGGUCUUCUGAUGUGUCGGCAGAAACCCUAGAGUCGCUAGGGUUGGCAGUGGAGGCAGAUCUGUGUGUAUGACCUAGGCUCCGAUACCAGUUGUUAAGAACAAAAGCACACACACGAAUAUAAAGCAAGAAAGCGAUAAAGAACACGAGAUUUAACGUGGUUCGGUCUAAUCUGACCUACAUCCACAGGGGCAACUAGGGUUUGUAUUAUUGAGUGAUGAUGAUUACAAGUACAGGAGAUCGUAUAUAUAGACAACUAAUUAGGGUUUAACCCUUGCUGGACAAGUUAUAGCAAACUGGGCUUAAAACCAUUUGGGCCGGCCGAAACCCUAAUCUGGUCUCCUAACUCUCAGUUGUCUACAAGUGGGCCACUUUGGGCCGAUGACUACACAUCACCAACAUGCCCAUUUGCCCCUUAGUAGAUCUCACGCCUAACGCCUUUAACAACUAUGCGAGAUGGCACUAUGCUUGAGUCUUAAGACUUAUUUUUCGAAUUCCUUCAUCCCAAAAUGCAAAAUGCACUUGAGUUUGGUACACUUUAGAAGACUAAAGGUGAUGUUAGUUAGUUUACAAGUGUACCCUUUUAGAAAAGAAGAAUAAGAGAAAACUUCGGCCCACCAAGGGCCACCCAAAAAGAUUGAAAUUAUGGGUAAAAGGAUAAGUUAAGAAACGUUGCUUUACCUUUACUAACCCGUCUUUUGUUAAUUGUUCCAACAUAUCUCUAUGCUUAUUUGGGCCGAGGGUCUUUCCUAAAGUCUCUCUGGCUUUCUUUUUAUGAUUAUAUCGAAUACAACCAUUCAAAGACCUGAAACUGUCAAAACAAACCCCAUGGCUCAAGAAUCUGGUGGCUUGAGUGGAAAGCCGCUGUACGAGCUAUCUACAAAUGUUCUCAAGGAGAUGUAUAUUCUAACAAAGGGAAGGAUUCCUUUAAUUGGAUGUGGCGGUAUUCACAGCGGGGAAGAUGCAUACAAGAAAAUACGAGCUGGUGCCACUCUUGUGCAGCUCUAUACAGCCUUUGCAUACGGAGGCCCUGCUCUUAUACCCAAGAUAAAGGCUGAUCUUACCAAGUGCUUAGAAAGGGAUGGUUAUAAGACAAUCUAUGAGGCGAUCGGAGCAGAUUGUCAUAGAUAGUUUCAAGUGAUACAUAUUGCUCCAAAACAACAGUGCAAUAAAAACCUAGUUUCUCAUCCAAGCAAGAGCGAUGAAAAAAACCUCUACCCGGAUUUUCUUGGCCGGCAUUUGUGAUUUUAGUUGAUAUACUAGUAUUUUCUUGAGGUUUUGAAGAGCAUCAUUUUUGAGUGGCUAACCUAGCACAAAUGAAACAUUUGCAGAAGUUUAUAAUUUAUCAGUGAGGAUUGCUGCUUUUUUGAAUACUAUAUAGUGAAAUCAAAUUCUGAGUAGAAAUGCUGAGUUAUGAUUGAGCUGAGUUAUGAUGAU